GGAAAGCAUGCUUUAUAUAGAGGGUAAUAAUAAUUGUAGUCUUGCUGGGAGUGGGGUACACAUUUCAGGAUUCUUUGUACAUUUAGUACUAUAAUAUUUCCCUGAGGCCACGGUAGUAGUGUAUGGUCAGUUUGACAACGGCGGUUGACUUAAAUAGACUAAACAGUUGUUGACGCCACCAGGUCGUGUUUCCUGACAGUAAUGAAUGGAACUGGAGCAAUACUUCUACUUCUGUUAGCCUUCUCGUGUUCAGAGGCGCAAAAUUUUACCCAGAAUGCCUUGAACAACAUCGCCAACGGGUUAAAGGUCAAAUGGACGGUGAGGACAAAUACAAAGGAGAUGGAGCGCUUCGAAGCAGAAGUGACCUUGGAAAACGGAGCCAGCACGGAGAUUUUGAGUUACGGCCCUUGGAAGAUGUACUUCUUUUGCAUCUUCAUGAUCGAGCCCGACUUGCUAGGGAACAGGGGCAACAAAGGGGCGGAGCUUGUAGGUCAAGGACUCAAGGUGACGCACGUUCAGGGCAGUUUUUUCUAUUUUGAGCCCACGGAAAGCUUCAUUCCUCUGCCACCGGGAGGUAUGAGAAAGAUCAUUUUAAAGGUCAGGUUUUGGUCAGUGGCUCGGACAGACAAUAUGCUCAACUGGUACAUGGUAUAUCCUGGUCUAAAACCUGUGGUCAUCGCAAGCACCCAGGGGGAGGACCUGGCCUUCGUGUCUGAGAGGACGUCCCCAGCGCAGUGGAAGCGUUACGACUUUGAUGAAUACAACCCAUUUACUGCUCAGGAACGUUACGACAGAAACUACGUCCCUUAUCCAAAUGACCAGUCGGAACUUCGCCUGGUACCUAAACCGCUCAGCGUCAAGAUGGACAGUAUGGAUACUCUCAAAUAUCUGACCAUUGACCCCAGCUGGUACAUCAGUUACACUGGAACUCUCACUGACGAAGUGGAGUACCUACGAGAUUACUUACAUCUCAGCCCUGACCAUGUGCUGCCUUCUGGAAACAGGACAGGUCAGAAAGUGAUAAGUAUGCAAAUCGGCACUGUGGAAAUACCCAAGGGAGCAAGAACUGUGGAGGAUACCUCUGAAGCUUAUAGUAUUGAGUCAAACUUUACAACGCAGAGGAUAACUCUGGUGGGGAAUGGCACAACUGGAGUAUUUUACGCAGUUAUAUCCCUUAUGGCUAUGAUGACUGAACAAUUUGAAGUUCCAGAACUGAACAUCAUCGACAGUCCAAGAUUCUCCUACAGAGGGUUACUGUUGGACUUAGCCAGAAAUUUUCAGAGUAAAGAAAAGAUACUAGAAAUGAUAGAACUGAUGUCUCUGUAUAAAUUAAACAAACUUCAUCUACACCUAAGUGAUGACGAGGGUUGGCGGCUGGAGAUCAAAUCUUUACCAGAACUUGUACAGGUUGGAUCGCAGAGGUGUCAUGACAUGGAGGAAACAAAAUGUCUGAUACCACAACUUGGUUCUGGCCCAGACAACACCACUGCAGGUUCUGGGUAUCUUUCAGCAAAUGAUUAUAUAGAGAUUCUAGAAAAGGCCCGAAAACAUCACGUGACAGUGAUUCCGGAAAUAGACAUGCCUGGACAUUCACGAGCAGCCAUAGUGUCUAUGAAGGCUAGAAAAGAGAAACUGGUGGCCAUGGGCCAAGAGACUUUGGGACUACAAACCUAUCUGACAGAAGAGAAUGACACCUCUAUUUACCUGACGCCCCAAACCUUUUCUGAUGACGCCAUCAACCCAUGCCUGGAGGAGACGUACACUUUCAUCAACAUUCUGAUGGACGAGCUCCUGUCUUUACACAGACAAGGCAAUCAACCCUUGACGAUGUUUCAUUUUGGUGGGGAUGAAGUCGGCGCUGGAGCAUGGGUCAACUCUACGAAGUGCAAAACUUUAAGAGAGGCUGGGCAGUUAAUAGGAGGCUCUCCCAAGACACAUUUCUUUCAGAGAGUGUCCAGGCUGGCCGCCACAAAGAAUUUAUCUCUGGGUGCCUGGGAAGAUGGCUUGAUGCAAGAUGGCAAUGAACCAUACAAUCUGUCGACGUUACCUGUCAAAGAUAUGUAUGCCUAUAACUGGGACAAUGUGUUGGAGUGGGGUACCGUCUCCAGGACAUACACUUUAGCCAACAAUGGAUUUAAGGUGGUUAUGGUUCAUUCAAGCCACUUUUACUUUGACCACCCGUACGAGCCCGAUCCUGAGGAGAGGGGCUUUUAUUGGGCAACACGCUUUACAGACACCAAGAAGUCAUUUUCUUACAAUGCUGUUCGUUUCUAUGACAACAUACACACACGUGGGUCUGGGCAGCCAGUAACUGACGAGGAGCUGUGUGGGGCUCAAGCAGUGAACUGUCCGCCUUUGAAGAUCCCCCAAAACAUUGUGGGUUUACAGGCCAACUUGUUUACUGAGAUCACCAGAACUAAGGAACAUCUACAUAACAGAGUAUUUCCUCGACUGCUUGCGUUGGCUGAAAGGGCCUGGCACGAGGCUCCAUGGGAGAGAUUGCCCAAAGGCACCGAGAGGGAGGCCAUGACGCAAGAAGACUGGUACUCCUUCGCAAGAGCUCUGGGCCACAGGGAACUGAAACGAUUGGAUAAGCUUGGUGUGAUGUACACCAUACCGCCACCUGGCGCCAGGCUUGACCACGGACUACUAUUGACUACAUCGCAAUUUCCUGGUCUCCGUGUCCACUACAGUUACAAUGCCGGAGCUACGUGGAUGGACGCCUCAGGCCCCACGGUCAAUGUUGGAGAUUACAAAUAUCAAAUAUGGCUUAGAACUGCAAGUACUGACGGAAAGAGACACAGUCGGACGAUUGUCCUUUACCCAACUCCUCCACUGCGACCUGUCCUUCAAUCAACCGUUGAUUACAUCAGUAAGUUUCUUGUGGUCAACUUCACUGUGGUAGAUAAUUACUUGACCUAUGGCGAGCAGUACUAUGUGGCCAACGUCCAACUAACAAACAAUGGCAGCAGGACCGUCCCAGCAGGCAACUGGCGCAUCUAUCUCCCUUCAGUACAUGCUGUGGAGUCCGAGUUCCUGGAUGAAGGUCACACCUACCUGGACUCCAAGGUCAAAAUGAGUAUUGACCACGUGAAGGGCUAUUUGUACAGUCUCGGCCCCACGCCUUUGUUCCAGGGUCUGGACAGCUGGGAAAGUGUCAACUUUACUUUUAGGUUAGCUAACUGGUGUGUUUCACGUUCUGAGUCCAUGCCUAGAUGGUACGUGAGCGCCCCGGGGAUGAGCGCACGUGACAUGGUGAGCACUGUUGGGGAAAAGCUUGAAUACGUCAGUCCCUUCACCAAGAAGGAACAGUGGAAGAGGUUUGCAGAAGAUCAGUUCGAGCCCUGGACUCCAGGUGCACGCUACGACAGAAAUAUGGACAAAGACAUGUCACCACUGCCCGCGUCACUGAUCAUCCCAACGCCAGUCAGUUUCAAAAGCCUGGACGGCAGUCAAUUUAGACUCCCGGACAAUCCAGUGACUAUCGUGUAUGCAGACCCUAGUCUCAAGGAAGUGGCAAUUUAUCUUAAAGAGACGUUGACCAAGUUAGUGCCAGGCAUAAGACUGACGAUUAGUUCCAACUCUACUGAAUCUGACUUUAUCCUCUUACGCAUUGGUCAUGUGGCCGGCAAUAACGCCAGUGAAGAAAUAUAUAAGGUGAUGGUCAGUGGCAAAACUGUGGACAUCACUGGAAAGACCAUCAAGGGAGUUUUCUACGGAGCCAUCUCUUUGAUUCACCUGACCUUGAAGACAUCACCAGCGGGGUCUAUACCUCACUGUGAGAUAAUCGACUGGCCCAGGUUUCCUUACAGAGGUCAGCACGUGGACACUGGGCGAAAUUUUCAGUCAAAAGAAACAAUUCUGAAACUCUUGGAAGUUAUGUCCCUUUACAAGUUAAAUAAACUACAUUUUCACCUGUCUGAUGAUGAAGGUUGGAGACUGGAGAUACCAGGACUGGAAGAGCUCACUACGAUCACUUCCAGACGAUGCCAUGACCCAGAAGAGAGGGAGUGUGUCAUGUCCACAUUGGGCUCUGGGGCUGGAGUGGACAACAGUGGAACUGGCUACUACACAAUUCAAGAUUACAAAGACAUUUUACACUACGCCAAUGCUCGACAAAUUGAGGUCAUCCCAGAGUUUGACAUGCCAGGACACGCCCACGCCGCCAUUGUGGCCAUGAAAAACAGGGAGAGAAAAACGGCUGAUAUAGGUAAAUUGACUCAGUCCAAGCUCUAUACCCUACACGACCAGCAUGACUAUUCCAUUUAUUCAACCAACCAGGGGUAUACGGACAACGCAAUCAACCCUUGCAUUGAGAGUACCUACAGGUUUAUACAGCACAUCUUCACGGAAGUCAAGGAGUUACAUCGCAACAUACAACCGCUUCAAGUCUUUCAUUUUGGUGGCGAUGAAGUAGCCAAAGGUGCGUGGCAGAACUCCACAGCGUGUGCACCAUUCUUACAAGAAGGCAUCAACUUGAAGAGAGAGUUCACCAGACGAGUCAGUGAAAUAACAAAGGAAGUUAAUCUUGGAGCCUGGGAAGAUGGUCUAAUAGAACAUGAUUUAGUCCCUUGGAACAGGUCCUUACUUCUGAACAAUGACGUCAUAACACAGUCGUAUCAGAACGUCUGGGAGUGGGGCACUGCAGCUUUACCUUACAACCUGGCCAACGCUGGAUACAAGGUGGUGCUAGCCCCUGUGACCCACACUUUCUUUGACCACCCCCAAGAGCCGAGCCCCGAGGAAAGUGGCUUCAACUGGGGCACCAGGUACACGGACGCCUUCAAGACUUUCUCCUUCAUGCCGGACGACUACUACAAGAACAUCGACAUGAAGAGGUCAGGGGAGCCAAUCACCACGAAAGAAGUCUGCAAAGAUGAUAAUUCCGGUUGUCCCCCUUUGGAACGUUCAGAAAACAUAAUUGGUCUCCAAGGUCAGCUCUGGUCUGAGAUCGUCAGGACACCGGAACAGUUUAACUACAUGCUGUAUCCUCGCAUCUUGGCACUGGCAGAGAGAAGCUGGCACAGGGCAUCAUGGGAAGGCCAUGAAAACAUUGCCUCCAACAAAGACAUGAAAUCUGAUUGGUCCAGAUUCGCCAGGAGUUUAGGCUCAGCUGACCUGGUUAUUUUGGACAAACUGAACGUGUCCUACAGAGUUCCUCCCCCAGGGGCCAUACAAUCUGGGGAUAAAGUGCUAAGCAAAGUAGAGUUCCCGGGACUGAAAGUACAGUACAGGUCAACGUCAGAGUCCAGCUGGUCAGAGCUCGAUGAUUCAAAGUCCUUUAAGAAUGUCAGUGAAGUCACGCUGAGGACGCUUUCGGCAGACGGGAAAAGGUUCAGCUCUGAGGUCAAGGUGACAAUGGUCAAGACUCCUGCCCCGGCCAACAGCAAAGCGGAAACGAUCAUGUCUAAUGGUUGCAUGUUUCUGUCGGCUCUCUGUUGCACUCUUCUACUUUGUAAAUCAUUAUUAUAAUAAACCUGUCAUAGAACUA